CUAAUGACAACUUGCAACGCUGUUUCCGUGUGUUUUCACUUCACAGAAGUUUGAGAAGUCAACAUUUCAGCCAACUCACUGGGAUAACAAAAAGAAAUAAACAUGCCAGCGAAGGCAAUUGGAAAAGGGAAGCAGGUUUCACCUCCGAAGACACAGCUUUUUACAGCCAAGGUUGCUCCUAAAGGUAAAGUGAGAGGAAAGGUUCCAGGAAAGGAUGGAGACGACAUGACAGACAUGGGUGAUGGUACGGAUGCUGAUGACUGGAUGCAUUCCAAAGCCUUAGUCAAACCAGAGGAUCAACUGGACCUUAAUGAGCAGCAACUGAAAGAGGAGUUUACAAGGAUUCUUACAGCAAACAAUCCCCAUGCACCUCAGAACAUCGUCCGCUACAGUUUCAAGGAGCGUCAGUACAAACAGAUCUCCAGUGUAGACCAGUUAGCCAUUCACUUUGCCUUGGAUGGAAACAUGCUUCACAAGGACUCGGAUGAAGCGAGAAGACAGAUGGCUAAACUUGGAAUGCCUGAUGCUGUCCAAAGUGAGCAAGCUGGCAGUGAGGGUGGCGAGGGAGCUGGAGCUGGGGCUGCUGAGGCGGACGAUGCUAAAGAUGAGUGUGGUUCGCCCACUAACGAUCAGGCUGAUCACGAGGAGCCUGUACAAGAAUUGGGAAAGGAUGAGGGGCGUGAUGAUGCUGCCACACCUACACCAGCUGCUGCAGCUGGGGGUAAAAAACUCACCAACCAGUUCAACUACAGCGAGAGAGCUUCCCAGACCUACAACAACCCCUACAGGGAGAGAGGCACAGCAACUGAACCUCCCCCAAGAGCCACAUUUUCUGGUAGUGUCACCCAGUGGGAAAUCUUUGAUGCCUACAAUGAGGACUUUGAGAAACAGUACCAGGCCAUGAAGGCUAAACAGGUCCAAAAGACACCCUCUAUCUACCUGCACCACCAUCAGCUGAUACAAGUAUACCCGUCUUCUCCUUUAUUACUCUUUAUUGAAGGAAUGCAGCAGUAUAUUAUGCAAUAUCAUCAGGCUUUUUUUAGUAAUCUAAAUAGGGAUAUCAUUGGAUUCAGAAAGAUUUGUCAUGCUCGUGCUGUCCGCAAGACUGACCAUUUUGGAUUUGGCCCUACGAAAUUUACUGGCAGGUCUAAAUUCUACAAUAUGAGUGAUGAUGUGACCAGGAUUGCCAAUGCAUCACAGAUUGUAGAGCGAAUGGUCAACCAAAACACAUACGAUGAUAUUGCACAAGAUUUUAAGUACUGGGAUGACCCGUCUGAUGAGUAUCGUGAAAAUGAGGGCACAUUGUUGCCUCUUUGGCGUUUCACCUUUGAAAAGGCCAAGAAAUUGGCUGUUACAUCCCUCUGUUGGAAUCCAAAAUACAAGGACCUUUAUGCCGUAUCUUUUGGCUCUUACGACUUUAUGAAACAAGGAAACGGCAUGAUUUUGUUUUACUCUCUGAAGAACCCUUCCUACCCCGAAUUUAUCUACGAGACAGACAGUGGGCUGAUGUGUUUAGAUGUACACCCAGAUCACCCAUACCUGGUGGUGGUGGGUUACUAUGAUGGAAGUGUGGGUGUAUUCAACAUCGAGUGCAAGGAACCAGUGCACAGGUGUACAGCAAAGAAUGGCAAGCACACAGACCCUGUCUGGCAGGUUCGCUGGCAAAAGGAUGACUUGGAGAACAACCACAACUUCUACUCUAUAUCCUCUGAUGGCAGAAUUGUACAGUGGACCAUCAUCAAGAAUGAGCUGAUCUAUCAGGACGUGAUCCAGUUGACGUUACCUGAGGCACCAGCGGAAGGGCCUGAUGGUACCAAGGUCAGCACUGUUGGCUGUGGUACAGCAUUCGACUUCCACAAAAGGAAUGACUACAUGUUCCUGGUGGGUACGGAGGAAGGUAAAAUCCACACCUGCUCCAAGGCCUACAGUAGCCAGUUCCUGGACACCAACCUCGCCCAUAACAUGGCCGUGUAUCAGGUGCGCUGGAACCCAUGGCACCCGGACAUCUACAUCACCUGUAGUGCCGACUGGACUGUCAAGAUCUGGGAAGUUAGCCAGAAGACAACUGUAGACACUAACCCAGAAAACACCCAGAAUGUCUCUAACAGGAAAGCCUUGUUUACGUUUGACCUCAACAACUCGGUGGGUGAUGUGGCCUGGGCUCCCUACUCCUCUACAGUGUUUGCUGCUGUGACAGCUGAUGGAAAGGUGUUUGUAUAUGAUCUAAACAUUAACAAGUACGAGCCCCUGUGUGAGCAGAUGGUAGCAGUGAAAAAGAAGACCAAGCUUACUCAUAUAGAGUUCAACCCAGUCUAUCCCAUUAUCAUUGUCGGAGAUGAUAGGGGUAAUGUUACAAGUUUGAAAUUGUCACCAAAUCUCAAGAAGAUGCCAAAGGAGAAGAAGGGCCAGCCUGCUAUGGACCCUGCCCAGAGGGAACAACUGGAGAUCGCCAAGCUGGACAAACUGCUGAACAUGGUGCGCGAACCUACAGAGGGGUCUAAGCCACCAGCAGCCACUGAGAAGAAAUAGAUCAACAAGGAAACGUGAACAUUAGAAGUUUACUACAAAACCUAAAAUGGGGAAAAAAAUAACUUUUGGAAUAUAAUAAAAUAGACAGUAACAACCUUGGACGAUAGGUUGGUGUUAAAAUUAAACACAUUUGACAACAAGUGUCAACUAUCGGAAAUGUCACAUAAGACAAAGUGAUAGGGAUGGUUGGGAUGGAUCAAGAGAGUUAUAUUCUUACUCAACGGACACAAUUUACAUUGUUAAGUGCUUUGUAUUUAAUUUAUGGAAGAUUGCGUUGAAAAAUGUAAAAGUUAUUUGAUUUGCUGAAGACAAGAAAACCUGAGAUGUUUUUACAAAGCCAAAUAAAGAUACAGUUGUUUUUCAAAAUUGUAACAGAAUAACAUUGUGUUACGUUUUGCAUGCGACAUUUUAUUCUUUUCCUGAUUACUGAUUUCAUAUCCUGUUGUUUUAUAUGAUGAAACAUAUCUGCUGCAAGACGAUGAAAUUAACUGUAUGUAUAAUGCUAACUUGCAAGUACUUUUUGUGCUUGCAUUUACUGUAAAUGUUAUUAUGACAAUAUUUGUAUGUGUUUCAUUUUUGACUGGGAGUGUAUGAUAUUGUAUGAAAGGAAUUUUGUGACUGUUUAUACAUGAAUAUGAAAUGUAAUAUUUCUUGAGAAUUUCACUUUUUACUUGGUUUAUUGAAUUACAAAUGUCAUGAUUAUGAUUUACCAAUUUACAUUGUACACAUUAUUUAUAUAUGAAUAAAUCUAGAUUUCCAUGGAAAAA